UCUGCUGGUCGUGUAGUUUCACUACACGACCAGCAGAUGUCAGUGGAGACACAUCCGCCGCUCUGCCGCCUAAAAAUAAAAGAAGAAAGCCGGAAGCGUUUGGAGCCGCUGACCUGCAACUACAAUUGUGGCAAAAAAGAUCGAGUUUAGGAGUUGAUUCACCAACAUGGCGGACAUCUGGCAGGUUGCAUUGGACCACGCUGUAGCCAUCGCACGACAAGCUGGAGGUGUGGUACAUGAAGCUCUGCAAUAUGACAGGACAGUAAUGACAAAGAGCUCAACGGUUGAUCUUGUGACGCAAACGGACCAAAAGGUGGAAAAUCUCAUCAUCCAAUCAGUGAAGCAGAAAUUUCCCACCCACAGGUUUAUAGGGGAGGAGUCGGUGGCUGCAGGUGAAGCUUGUGAUCUCACCGACGCUCCUACCUGGAUCAUUGACCCCAUUGAUGGAACCACCAACUUUGUUCAUGCAUUCCCUUUUGUUGCUGUUUCCAUUGGAUUUUCAGUGAACAAACAGAUGGAGUUUGGUGUCGUCUACAGUUGCCUUGAAGACAAGAUGUUCACAGCCAGACGUGGAAAAGGAGCCUUCUGUAACGGAACCCCACUGCAGGUGUCUGCUCAGAACGACAUCAAGCAGUCCAUCAUCGCCACAGAGUUUGGAUCCAGCAGAGACCCCGAAGCUGUUGACUACAUUUUCUCCAGCCUAAGGGACAUACUGUGCAUUCCUGUCCAUGGUGUACGCAGUGCUGGAACUGCAGCCAUUAACAUGUGUCUGGUGGCGUCUGGCUGUGUUGAAGCAUAUUAUGAGAUUGGGAUCCAUGUUUGGGACGUUGCUGCCGGUUCGAUAAUAGUCUCAGAGGCUGGAGGAAUCCUCACUGAUGUGGAUGGACGAGCUGUAGACCUGAUGUCCCGAAGAAUCGUCGCUGCCAAUAACAGAACCAUCGCAGAGAGAAUCGUCAAAGAGAUCAGACCUUUCAAUCCUCCCAGAGACGAUGCUCCACCACAACAGUGAAAACCUGCUUUAGUCUGAAGCCUUUGAAAAGGUGGCCAUAAACUGUUUGACUUGAACACGUGGGUUUGUCUGAUGUCACUUUUUAACAGUCAGUUAAAAUGCAGAAUUAUGUUAAACAGGAAAGAACAGUGGAACCCAGUUCUAAAUUCAAGCGGAUCAGUAAAAUCAGUCCUACUCUUAUAAACUAGUUCCUUAGUUCCAGUAGAUUUCAGCAGUUUGGAAAAACUUGGUAUCAUUUUAAUAAAUAUUAGCAGUUAACAUAAUUACACAGUCUGCUGAUAGGGUAAAAUGUCAGAAAUGGGUGGAGUCAGUCUGUCAGUAGCAGCUGAGGGGGUGGAGCUUUAGUGGCCAUGGCUGGCUUUAAAAGGCAAAGGUCUUGGUUGAGUUUGAGUGGUGAGCACCGUUGCUUCCUGAGAGGAACGCGGUUGGUCAGGGUCUGAGGAAACAGAAUAUUGCACCAUCACUGGCUGGACAUAUGCAUACUAAAAAUCGAUCAAUGUAGAUGUUACAACCCUAAAAAAUCCUUCUGCCGUGACCCCUUCCAUGCUUAUGGAUAUUGUUAACAUAUUAGGCAUAUUAUCUAUUCGAACAGAGAACAUGAACAUGUGAGGAGCUAAAAUAUAUUAAAGUCAUUUUGAUUUUUUUACAGGAUGAAAGAUUUUAAUACAAAGAUGUAAUACAGAAGAAUCCUCUUAAACUGAAUAAAGCUUUAAAUGUAUGACAUAAAUUUUUAAUAUCUGGCUUUAUAAACUGCUGAAAUUACAUUAGAGGACAGUUUAAAAUUUGUGUUAACACUUUGAGGCCUGUAAGUGAAAAUCAAUUGGAAAAUUUUACUUUUAAUUGAAUUUAUUUUGAAACAAAAACAAAUUAUUAAAAUAUUUCACUUGUCAUGUAACUAAACACUCAUUUUGUACACAGUACGUGAUCUCAGGUGGUUGAAUCAUCAUUAAAAAGGUAAAUGAAA